AUGACUCGUCUAGGAUUUACCAUUGCUUCAAGCGUCCUGCUGGCCCAGGCAGUCCGUGGCUUGACCGUGAGCUUUGGCGGAGAUGAGUGUCCAAGCGGCUGGAGCAUUACGACGUUGAACAAUGACGACAAAGUCUAUUGUUGCUACGGCUCGAGCACCGUCACCAACAACGAUGGCUACUGCUGCGUCCACGAUAACAUCAUCUCGACCGGCGGUGACAGCGGCAGCAACAACCUCACGGGUGACAUUACGAAGAGCUGCUUCCCCUUUUGCUCUACCACGGCGAGCCAGAAUGACAAGAGGGCAUUUCCCUCACAACAAUGCCUCGAAAAAAUCCCAUUCACCGCGUCGGAUUACUCGGAGCGCGUCUCAGCCGCUUCGAGGUCGGCGGUCGCGUCCCAGACUAGUGGCUCUCAACCCAGCAGCAACAGCGCGUCGGCCACGAAUUCAGACGGGGCGACUGCCACGGAUGCGUCGAGCUCGGGCUCAGGAGGCAGCAACGGCGGCUCCGCCGCCAGCCCUACCAAGAAUUCGGCCCCAGCCAUCACCCACGGCGCUGUCGGUGGUUUUGUGGCUGCGGCAGUCAUGCUAGCUGUCUAG